AAGAGCGGCGGGAGCGCCCGGCUUACUGUCGCCUAGCCCAGCCUGUUCCUGCGCGCGACUGGCCGAGGACCCCGGACAGCAGAGGCCCCAGGACGACCGAGCUGAUGGCGUCUUCGACCCCUUCUUCGUCCGCAACCUCCUCGAAUGCGGGAGCGGACCCCAAUACUACCAACCUGCGCCCCACAACAUAUGACACCUGGUGCGGCGUGGCCCAUGGAUGCACCAGAAAACUGGGGCUCAAGAUCUGCGGCUUCCUGCAAAGGACCAACAGCCUGGAAGAGAAGAGCCGGCUUGUGAGCGCCUUCAAGGAGAGGCAGUCCUCCAAAAACCUGCUUUCCUGUGAAAACAGCGACAGGGAUGGACGCUUCCGGCGCACGGAGACGGACUUCUCCAACCUGUUUGCUCGAGAUCUGCUUCCGGCUAAGAAUGGGGAAGAGCAAACUGUGCAGUUCCUACUGGAGGUGGUAGACAUACUCCUCAACUAUGUCCGCAAGACAUUUGAUCGCUCCACCAAGGUGCUGGACUUCCAUCACCCGCACCAGCUGCUGGAAGGCAUGGAGGGCUUCAACUUGGAGCUCUCUGACCACCCUGAGUCCCUGGAACAGAUCUUGGUUGACUGCAGAGACACCCUGAAGUAUGGGGUUCGUACAGGUCACCCUCGAUUUUUCAACCAGCUCUCCACUGGACUGGAUAUCAUUGGUUUAGCUGGCGAAUGGCUGACAUCAACUGCCAAUACCAAUAUGUUUACAUAUGAAAUUGCACCAGUAUUUGUCCUCAUGGAGCAAAUAACACUUAAGAAGAUGAGGGAGAUAGUUGGAUGGUCAAGUAAAGACGGUGAUGGGAUAUUUUCUCCUGGGGGAGCCAUCUCCAACAUGUACAGCAUCAUGGCCGCUCGCUACAAGUUCUUCCCGGAAGUUAAGACAAAGGGCAUGGCAGCUGUUCCCAAACUGGUCCUCUUCACCUCAGAACAUAGUCACUAUUCCAUAAAGAAGGCUGGAGCUGCACUUGGCUUUGGAACCGACAAUGUGAUUUUGAUAAAGUGCAAUGAAAGGGGGAAGAUAAUUCCAGCUGAUUUAGAGGCAAAAAUUCUUGAAGCCAAGCAAAAGGGAUACGUUCCCCUUUAUGUCAAUGCAACUGCUGGUACAACUGUUUAUGGAGCUUUCGAUCCGAUACAGGAGAUUGCAGAUAUAUGUGAGAAAUACAACCUGUGGCUACAUGUCGACGCUGCCUGGGGCGGUGGGCUGCUUAUGUCCAGGAAGCACCGCCACAAACUCAGUGGCAUAGAAAGGGCCAACUCAGUCACCUGGAACCCUCACAAGAUGAUGGGCGUGCUGUUGCAGUGCUCGGCCAUCCUCGUCAAGGAAAAGGGUAUACUCCAAGGAUGCAACCAGAUGUGUGCAGGAUACCUUUUCCAGCCAGACAAACAGUAUGAUGUCUCCUAUGACACUGGGGACAAGGCAAUCCAGUGUGGCCGCCACGUGGACAUUUUCAAGUUCUGGCUGAUGUGGAAAGCAAAGGGCACAGUGGGAUUUGAAAAUCAGAUCAACAAAUGCUUGGAGCUGGCUGAAUACCUCUAUGCCAAGAUUAAAAACAGAGAAGAAUUUGAGAUGGUUUUCGAUGGUGAGCCUGAGCAUACAAAUGUCUGUUUCUGGUAUAUUCCACAAAGCCUCAGGGGCAUUCCAGAUAGCCCUGAACGACGGGAAAAACUACACAGGGUGGCCCCCAAAAUCAAAGCCCUGAUGAUGGAGUCUGGCACGACCAUGGUUGGCUACCAGCCCCAGGGGGACAAGGCCAACUUUUUCCGGAUGGUCAUCUCGAACCCAGCUGCUACACAGUCUGAUAUUGACUUCCUCAUCGAGGAGAUAGAAAGACUGGGCCAGGAUCUGUAAUUGCCCUCCAUAGAAUAUGAGUUUAUGGGAAUCCCCUUUCCUUCUGGCAUUCUAGAAUAACCUCUAUAAAUUGCCAAAACACAUAGGCUAUUUCACUGAGGGAAAAUAUAAUAUCUUGAAGACUACUGUUUAAACAUUACUUAAGCUUGUUCUAGUAUGUAGGAAAUAAUGUUCUUUUUAAAAAGUUGCACAUUAGGAACACAGUAUAUAUGUACAGUUAUAUAUACCUCUCUCUGUAUAUGUAUAUGUAUGUAUAGUGAGUGUGGCUUGGUGAUAGAUCACAGCAUGUGUCCCCCUCCAAGAGAAUUAACUUUACCUUCAGCAGCUACUGAGGGGCCAAACAUGCUGCAAACCUGC